CCCAGGUGGGACAACUUACAAACUAGAUAAUGACCUAAAAACUACUGGUCGUUAUGCCUCCCUGCUUAAUAUACUGUUAUUAGUAAUAGUAUUUAACUGGCAGGGAUAUUUUGAAAAUAUUGUAUACGAAGUAAAUUUGUUGAAAUAUCACACUGAGAAUUCUAAACUGUACUAAACGUUGCUUGUAUUAUACCGUCGUUGAUUGGACCGAAUUGAUCGGUCUGUAUUGGCAUAUGAGCUCCAGUGCGGCCGCCUCAGUAUUACUUGCUAGCCACUAUCCAUCAUCACUAUAAUUAAAACAGAUACUACCGAGGCGUUCGCACAGGAGCCCGUAUACCAAUAGAGACCUACCAAUUCGGUCCAAUCAACGACGCAGUAAUACUAAAACUAUACCCGUCGCACAAGAAGUAGCUAUCGUAGCUCGGUGGUGUAGUAAACAACGCUCUGACAUUUGAAGCGAUCGGUCCCGAGUCCGAAUCACGGUGGGAACAACGCCACUCACUGAGAGGCAGGUACAUCCAGCUGACGAGUCUCGAAUGGGACAAAAUGCGCAUCCUGGAUUCAACUGCUAGCCACUAUCCAUCUGUACUAAACCUUAUUGUCUGGAAUUACGUGAUUGUCAUUAUUAUUAUUAUUAUUACCUCUUUACCUAUUGCGAUCCGUCCAGAUAACUAUAUGAAUAUUCAACUGUAUUUUCAUAUGGUUGAUCACCUACGCUGAAAUGAAUAUUAUGUAUUUCUGUUUACUAUAGAAAAGGCAUAAAAGCGAAACCAGAUGUUGAAAUCUAUUAUAUUAUGCCUUAUUAUCGACUUGUAACUUAGUUAAAUCAGUUGCUAAGAUAUCCAGCUUCUAUGAUUUCAAUUAAUUUUGAAAUCCAGUAUUGGGAACUAAUCACCUUAUACAUAUGAUGUGCGGCCGUAGGAAGAAUCUAACUUCUCCUGAUAGGUGAGUAGAUGUAAGAAAUGACAGCAAUUCGCAAACCGUCAUAUGCAGUUGACGGUCGGUUAAAAGAAUCUAGAUGUGGAAUCUAUUACGCGCCUUCGUCCUAUCUAGGACUUGCCAGUUAGGUGAACUUGCCCUUCAGUUAGCAGUGUUAUCCCCAUUGUGGUUUACAGUUAAUACCCACCGCUUCAAAUUCCAAAGCGUCAUCUAAUUGGCCACUGAAUUACCGAAACUACGGAUAUGUUAUGAUAUAUCUUCCAGUUUCUUGUCAUUGAUAGGAACAAAAAGAUCGGUCACUAUUGGCAUAUAGUCUCCUGUGAUGGUCGACUUUCAACUAGUGGGUUAGAUGUCCGGAUCCCCUCCCACCUACCAACAUUUUGUCAGCCAGACUAUUGCUAGCUUUCAUACAAGAGCUAUGACUCACCGUUUGGUGCACAUUGCUUUACUUAGGCCCUUAGUCAUAUAUAUGUAUUAUUAUUACUACAAGUAAUUGUCGACGAUUUCAAAACCUUGGUUGUCACUAACUGUUUAGGAUACCCUUGUUCCUAAUUCUUCUGUAUAGAAUACAGUAACAUUUGGUUGCUACUUUAAAAUAUUUGGUACCUGUAGUUUUUGUGUGGAUGGAAUUUUAUCACAUAAAAUUGUCAUCUGAGGUUACUCAAGUUUGCCACCUCUAAUUAUUUACGUAAAUAUCAGUUCACUUUAGCCCUUUAUGAACAAAAUGCUAAUGCAUACAGCACCUACCAUAAGUGAUACCAAAACAAGUACACUAACCGGGUUACUACAGUUUCUUUUACUGUUGUCUCUAUGAGGAAAGUUGUGUAGUAAUCAGAAACUAGUUAUUUUUAUAAAGCUCAACUACUCUGCACUCACUAUUUUUGCUUAAGUAUUUUAACUCCUAAAAUCAUGGUCAUGGUGUAACAUCAACGUCACCAGUUGAUCGUGAGUUAGUCUUAUUAAAGUUGUGAGCAAAGUAUCCAGUUUAACCAUUCACUCCUAUCUGUAUUCGACCUAGACACCAUUAUAGUAUUCCCAUCCAUUCGAUCUACAAAUUAAACAAUGUCAUUACAUACGUUCUUACUACAUUUUAUCGACAAUAUUGUCUUUGUCUCUGUGACAUAUAUGUGCCCGAAAGUAGAUGGUUUAUGUGAUGAAUGGAAUGACUCCCUGUUAAAAUCAAGGUCUGGAACCUAUUUGGGGCACGGCACUUUUCUGAAGUUUUCAUUGGAUAAGUUAGCAUAAAUUGCCUAUGAUUUAUAAGUUGAUCUACUUGUCUGUUACAUCCUCCUACUACGGUAACUGUUUCAUUGCAAAUAGUCCCUUGGUUUUUAUCGGUUUUAGAUUUCAGUCGAUGUCGAUGAGUAAUGAUUCGAAAAGUCGAUCAUCCGCAUGUAUAACCGCUUAUCCCUAAUGUCAAGAAAUACUGUUAGCCAUCCUAUGAAGCCCUGCUAAAAUUUAUGUCCAUUCUGAAAAGAUCAUUUCUUUGCUGAUCUACGUCAAUUGCAUUUUCUGUGGUGUUUGAAGCUAGUAUCUAGGUGUUUCGGGAAUGUAUACUGCAUUGCGUGUUAGUGUGUAAGAAUUAUCAGUUCUUUUUUCUCAAUGUCUUAAUCCAACACCAUUGGUGUAAACCUUAUGUUAGUGGAAAUAUUCCUAUUUGGUUUAUGUCCUUUUCUAAACAAUGGGUUCACAUGAAAACGGCUGCUAUCCUAGCAAUAUUGCACUACUAGGCUACAUACUUUGGAUACUGAGAUAGAAGUAUGUAUUAGUCAAGAACAGCAUUUGAAAUACUGUGCCUAGGAGUUUCCCCUUCUGUUCCAAUGAAAGCGCUUCUGAAACUGUUGUGAGUGGAAAACGGUGAUUUGUCUUGAUAAUUUUAUCAGACGUCUAUGCAUUAUUCAAACACUUCUUGUUAUAGUUCAGUAGAUUUACCGACGAAUACACAAAUUGGUGAUGAUGUAUUUCACUGUUUUCUUCGAAAUUUGACUGAAUUAAUUGAAGUAAAAUGUCAUAAAAACGAAAAACUGUGCGAUAUUUUCAAGGAUUAUGUCCUUCGAAUAAGCCUACGGCAGUGAAGAAAAUAUUUCGCAAUGAGAAAUCUCAUAAAAAUUCUGAACCUUCUUUAUCGAAUAGAAUGACCAACAUUAACGGUCAUUAAGGUAGACAAAUUAAAGAGAAGAUUGAAGAUUGAUGACGAAUUCCUGAUAAAGUUCGACCUUUGGUCGCUUAAUAAGUGGUUUAAAUGACUAUCUUCAUCAGUCAUUCUGUAUACUGCGUAGAAUCAAGUAAACAGAAAAUAUGAACAUUUUCAGAGUUAUUCAGUACAGCUCAAGUUGUCUCGAAACAACAAGUAUCAGUAAUUGAAGAUUCUUAGUGAUAUGGCUCAGAGUUUACUUAUUCUUGCUGAAAACAAAAAAAUCGGUACAACAUAGGUACGAAGAGAUACACUCUAUACUCUACUCUACAACACUGAUAACAUAAAGGUGAUAUCGUAAGAUGGGAAGGAUAGAGGAAUGGAGGCCAAUAUUGAAGUGAUUUAUUUAAAAAAAGACAGUUUCACAAAUGCGUUCAAGGAAAGAUCCACUUCUUAAGUUUUUCUUUUUGAUAAUAUCAGGAACGAAAGCUACAGUCUGGUCUCCAAGCUGUAUCCACUAGCACCUCAGACCACUGAGUUGCAUGUUGUAUGCGAUCCUAUCCAAGAAUUCGUGAAGCACCAACACAUACUAACCCAGCACACCAAUCCUUCAUUUCAUGACACCGUCAUAUCCUGACCACAUCUCUACUUCUUCCAACUAACCUUAGGAAAGGUAAAUGGUGUAUGAACCACAGAAGCUGUAUACGUGACACAUGUCCAACUAGCCAAAGCUGGCGUUUCGAAAUCACCUCACUAAAUGAAUGACGAUCCCCAUCAUGCCCAAACAUAUGUCAGCUCAACUCAGAAUUACUUACAUUGUAUUCCCACUGUAUGCUAGCCUUUUCCGACAACAGCGUUACGUAAACAAAGAAUUGUCGGAUAUCCUCAGUUCUAACAGACUACAUUUAGUCGGCGUAGAACAGAACUGUCCAGACCGACGCAUUAUACAACGUUUUGCAACAAGUCUGAUGUCACGAAGGCGAUCUAGGUUGGUGAUGGCUGGAAACCGACCAAUCACAAUAAUGCGGAUUUUAUACACAUUUUUGAAUAUUUUUAUCAACGUUAGUGUAUGUGCUUUCUUUCAUCUCAUCAACAUUUGUCUACUUCACUAUCAUCCUUUCUUCCCCCACUUCUUUGCUUGUUUCUAAGCGUGGCAAGUUGAAUUGUUGCACUUCUGUUACAGUGUCUACUAAUAAAUUAGACUUUAGGUACAAAUGCACAUUUCCUUUCUAGUUCAUCUAAGGUUUUAUUGUGAUGCAUGAAGGAUCCAUUUUCUAGGAGUUUUCAACUUUAUGUUAUGUGACUGGUUGCUUAGUGUCCUGUUUGCGCAUGUUAUUCUUGAUCUUCUCUUUUCAAACUUACGGUGAAUACCGCCUAAAAUUAUUAUAGAUUUAAUACUUCUUCAUCGUAUUUUUGUUAUCAUUGUGUAUAAACUACAAAAAUGUAAGUUGAACAAUUAUCCUCAUUCAUAAAUGAAAAGUUUAUUCUCUUUCAUUUUUACGAAAAUACCACACGUUUACAGCCUAAAUUGUCUUUUAGUCAAUGGAUCUCAAUGUAAUGAUGUCUUCAGUAGACAGUAGAAACUCAACGAAUAUCAGUAGUAAUCGUCAAGCCGUAUUAAAUCGUUUAACCGAACGUCACGCCCAAAAUUAUGCUGUUAAUAGUCAACGAAAGAAAGCCUUAAAGGAUGAGAACUGCGAUUCUCAGAGUAAUUCAGUUAAUCACACAGAGUUUUUGCAGCAUUUUCUUCAGUACAAGGCAGGUAUUGUUCAAGAUUUGGAAGAUACUGCUACCAAGGUACAUGAACAUGGCUUACCAGUAAAUGAGGUUACUCAGUUUUUGGACGAUAUUUUAAUUCGCUUAGACUAUAUGCAGAAGUGGUUAAAUGAAACAUCAAUGUAUCUCAAUUCAUUCGACAAUGAACAAGCAGGUUUGGAGCUAAAGAAUUUAAAUGAUCUAUUUCAAGCAAAAAGAAAGGAACUAUUACCAGUUAAAAAUUUGGAUUUUCACGUCAACAGAAAAGCAACAAGAAACAGGAAAGCAUGA